UUGGCUUAUUUGCAAGGGUGCAAAGGCAAGAGAUGAGGGGCUCCCUGGACUCGACAUUGCGCAAGCGUUUGAAAGCAUGUACAAGUGCCUACUUUUGAAUUGUUCCUCAAGUGCUCGUGACCUUGAGCUCAUGGAUUGACUAAGUAGUGCGGGAGCUGUUCCGCUCCAGAACCACAGGUCUGAUUCUUAAUAAUAGACCCUCUUCGAAAUAUUCUGCGUGAGGGCCGCACCAGUACUGAUCAGUUUCACUAGCUGGGAACCUACUUCCUGCUUGUAUACAAGAAACUUGAACCUUGGGAAAUUAACGCGCUACUCUCUGCGCAGACACACACGCAUACGGAUAACCUCUUCCCCACACCCUCUUCCAAUUGGGUAACCGGCGUUGGUAGAAAAUGUUUGCCCUCGCUACCCGCCUUAGGCCUUACGGGGAUUUGGGGACGGCGAACCUGCCAGGUACCGAUGGAAUUAAUAUUCAUGCACGGACGGAGGGGCUGCUGCUAUCGCGAGCGACGAGCGAUUCCAACGGGGGAGCGACUUCAAACAACACCGGGCGUGUCAUAUUCUUCUCUUUCGUCGGAAUCGCUGUUCUCAUUGUCAUAGCGGUCAGUUUACGCAAAAGGGCUCAGAUGCAUCGAAAUAAUCCGUCGGGAAUUGUCCCCCCUGGGAGCUCGUACUGGUCUCGCUCUACUAUGAAUAAUGAUCGUCCCGGGGUGGGUCAGAGGAGUCCGGACGGCGAUGGUGCUGCGGCACGAUCUUGGUCCGAAAGAGAACGAUCGUAUCCUCUCGAGGAACAGCCACUCCCUCCCCCCUACGCUAGCCAUCACCGUCGCUCUAGCAGAGAGGAUUCCUAUCUACCAUUUCCUCACCUUCCACUUGGCGCUCGUACCCGUCAGCCUCGCGUGUCGCCUGACUACCCUAUCGAUUUUCUUUUCAUGGAUCUGUAUACAACCCGCAUGCGAGGUUUCGAAAGAUCGUCAUCGCCUGUUCCUUCGUACGAGGAACCGAAACUUUAUUCUGGUACCUCAAUAACCGUCACCCAUUCACCGGAAACGGAAGAACCUGAGCCUGAUCAAGCAGACAGUAAGGAAUUCGACAUUUUGCCACUAGCCUCACCAUCUUCGAAGGAAAAGGAAACGAACGAAUGCCCCAUAUGUUUCGAAGGUUUCUCGCUUGAGCGCCCGGCGGUUAUAGGUGCACCGUGUGGUCAUAUCCUAUGUAAACGAUGCUGGAGGCUCAUCGUGGAUGCUUCUAAACAAGCUACUGUUGCCUCCAGGAGGUAUAGCAGUAGGAGUAUUAUGGGGAGUGGGAGUGGGAGUGGGAGCGAGGUGGGAGCGAGAUGUCAUGCGUGUAGAAUGCCUUACAUUCGGAAGAGACAUGACUCGCAAAAGAUGGGUAAAGAUGGAAAGAGUGAAGGUGGGGACGACCGUGGAGAGGCAAGAUGAUGGCGUCACUUUCUCUCUGAUGCAAUUGCCGUUCUGAGGCUCGGAGCCUGCGCAUUCCGCCUUCUCUCAUCUUCUGUACCUCAUCCUCUGCCAAAAACUCCAUGCUGCACAUCCAACUCUUGCUCAGCUUCCCCCUUCUCAUACACCUGUGUCACGAAUCAGAACGAGUUAUGUGUGUCCAUGUUGGUUGCACAAUAUUUUUGAUUUAACUUUGUAUAUAUCUGUAUUUCACGAACUGCCUUGUCUCUACCUACAUAGUGUACUUUUUUGUUUUGCUCCAUCUACAUAUCGUCACUUGUACAUAUCAUGGCCAGUUCCGAUUAUAUUCGCAUUAUUGAUUUCGGGACUCCACUGAUGACUGCAAAUAACAU